CUCCGACUGAAAAUAAUAAAGAAAUUGAAAAAAAACCAUAAAUAAUUAGAGCAAUAAAAAAGAACACGCGCAAGAGAUGAGAAAGGGGAUCCAACCCGCCCUGGAGCAGUUCCUGGUGACCGCCGGGGGUGGGGAGGGGGCGGCCGCCGUCGCCGCCGCCGCCGCUGCUGCAGCCUCCAUGGACAAAAGGGCAUUGCUGGCCAGCCCCGGCUUCCCCGCCACCGCCGCCCCCGGCACUUACAUCCAGAUCCUCACCACGAACAGUACCACCACCUCCUCCUCCUGUUCCUCCUCCCUUCAAAGUGGGGGUGCUGCCGCCGGCCCCCAGCACACUAACAUCCCCGGCGUGGAGCAGACCGCCGGCAGCCUCCUCUACUCCACCCCGCACGGACCCUCCAGCCGAGCCGGGCUGCUGCAACAGCAACCAGCCUUAGGACGAGGCGGCGGUGGCGGCCCUCCGGCAAAGCGAAGGCUGGAACUAGGAGAAAGUGGUCAUCAGUUUCUCUCAGAUGGUCUCAAAACCCCCAAAGGCAAAGGAAGAGCCGCAGUAAGAAGUCCAGAUAGUCCAAAAACUCCAAAAUCUCCCUCAGAAAAAACACGGUAUGAUACGUCACUUGGUCUGCUCACCAAGAAGUUCAUUCAGCUGUUGAGCCAAUCCCCAGAUGGGGUCUUGGAUUUGAACAAGGCAGCCGAAGUGCUUAAGGUGCAAAAGAGGAGGAUUUAUGAUAUCACCAAUGUGCUGGAAGGCAUCCACCUCAUUAAGAAGAAAUCUAAAAACAACGUACAGUGGAUGGGCUGCAGUCUCUCUGAUGAUGGGGGCAUGCUGGCUCAGUGUCAAGGUUUGUCAAAGGAAGUGACGGAGCUCAGUCAGGAAGAGAAGAAGCUUGAUGACCUGAUUCAAAGCUGCACCCUGGACCUUAAGCUGUUAACAGAAGAUUCAGAAAAUCAAAAAUUAGCUUAUGUUACAUAUCAAGAUAUCCGAAAAAUUAGUGGCCUUAAAGACCAAACUGUUAUAGUUGUGAAAGCCCCUCCAGAAACAAGACUUGAAGUGCCUGAUCCCUUAGAGAGCCUACAAAUACAUUUAUCAAGUAACCAAGGACCCAUUGAAGUUUACCUGUGUCCAGAAGAGAAUGAAACACACAGUCCAGUAAAAUCCUACAACCAAGACCACAAUGGGAAUAUUCCCAAAUCCAGUUCCAAAGACUUGGCGUCAACCAACUCAGGACAUGCUGAUUGCUCCAUUUCUAUGGCAAACCUUUCUCCCUUGGCUUCUCCAACUAAUCUUCUCCAGCAGACUGAGGACCAAAUUCCUUCAAACCUAGAAGGACCAUUUGUGAACUUACUGCCUCCCUUGAUCCAAGAAGACUACCUUCUCAGCCUUGGGGAAGAAGAAGGCAUCAGUGAUCUCUUCGAUGCUUAUGAUUUAGAAAAACUUCCAUUGGUAGAGGACUUUAUGUGCAGUUGAUUGUUUUGUGUGAAUUCUCUCUAUAUAUAAACCAAUAUUUUUUUAUCAUGGAACUAGAACAUCUGUCCUUCAGUGUUGUCCCUUGCCACCUUCUUCCUUCAAGAAUAUUAUCACGAAGUAAACUACAACUUCACAACAAAGCUGACAUUUUACUAAGUUUUUUUCUACAUAUUGAAUAAGCGCGCAGUGGCAGGCUCCUUUGGGAAAGCCUUGCUUUUUGCCCUAGGCUCCAAAAUCUCGUGGAUGAAACAGCAGGUGGAACAUGUGCAAUCAGGUAGCUGUACCUUGCCCUCUCUCCUGCCUGCUCUCCUUCCCUUCCCAGGUGGCCUCUGUGCCUGAUGGACGGGCUGGUGGAGAAGGGCCAGAACCACGUGGUCCACUUGCAAACAGCAAUCUUCCUUAAUAGCAUUUCAAGCCGUGCCUUCUUUGUAGAAUGCAUGUCUUUGGGGUCUGCUAAUAUGGAAUGGAACUGUGGGAAGCAUAAACUUGAAGUCAUGCAAAUGUAUGAAAAUGGAUUUCUUCAGCUCUUCCUAGGAAUAUUUAAAUUGUGGUCUUAACUUGGUUUAAGCUAUGUACUUUUUGUUUGGUAUGAGGUUAAGAAAUACUAAUGCCCUAUUAUGCCUUUGGUUUGAAGUGUUCCAUAUAAUAUGUUGCAAAUGUAUAUGAAAUAUAUUCAAUUUCUGCCACUCCAAGCAAUUGUGGAUUUUCAGGUGCUCCCAUAAAAAUCUCCAUUUUAUUUGUAUUUGUAACGUUUAUUUGUAGCACACGGUCACUUAGGAAUUCUUGGUGGGGUUUUUUGUGUGUGUGUUUGUUUUGGGUUUGGUUUUUUUUUUUGGUUUUUUUGUUUGUUUGUUUGUUUGGGGUUUUUUUGUUUUUUUUGGUUUUUUGCAUUUAAGCCUUCUUGUGGGCGCCCAUCACCAUUUCAAUUUAAUUGUUUACUUUGAAGCAGUUUCUACUAAUUCCUUCCAACUUGGGGUAAAGCUUGUAAGAACUGCUGCUGCUGAGUAAAAUUUCUAAACCUGUGUCAUCCCAGUGCUGUAUAAGCCUUGUUUCCCAUUGGUCCUUUUUCUGUGGAAUGGAGGACUUGGGGUGAAUCAGUAUUGGAUACUAAUGCAUUGGGCCACCUGCCGAAAGGGAGUGCCAGAUUCAUGUAUACAGCAGUUCUGAGUAGAGGCUGAGAAGAACUGCUUCCUUUAAGGGUCUUUUGUCCGCCAAUGACCACAGGAAAGGGCUCUCUUGCGUCACACUCAGGGACACCACUCCUAGGGAUGGGGUCAGGAAGAGACCUCUAUAGGAAGAAUGAUGUUCCCAUCCCAGGAGGCUGAACAAUAUUUACUUUAGCUAGUAAGUAAUCACAAAAGGUAUUUGGUCCAGCAAUAUCUCUGGCCCAAAUCCUGUUCCCUCUUGUGAGGGAAUAUCAUGGAUUGAAGGGAGUCAAGGCAAGUAAGGCAGUAUUAGUUAAGGUGUGGUAGGAUUCUCCCAAUUUAUUCUCAGGGAAUGGUGUCCAAGUUUGGGGGCUUGGGGGCUUGUGUUAGCCUCAUUUGGGUGAAUAUCCAAGUAUGCUUUCCCAUCUCCAGAUGGAAACAUGUUCUUCAUAGCCAAGCUUGUAGGUUGGAGUUUGUCUUGUACCUCAAACUCCAUUCCCUGAAUGCUGAGAAUUCUCCCAUCAUCUAUUCUAGAGCAACAGACAGAGUAUGGGGGAAGAAUUAUAGUUAGGAAGAAACUCAGAAUGAACAGUGAAGUUGAUAUUUUGUAUGCCUGACAUAGUGCUUAGGCACAUGGGCACUUGAUAAACACUUUAACAAAAAAAAAAUCCCUUGGUAAAUUUUGAAAAGAACCUUACCUUGGAGUUGACUAUAGACAGAAUUCCAUAAUAUGCAAAGUGGUGGGGGGAGUCAUAAAAGUGACACCAACACCUUAAAAUACUUGUGUACAUAUGUGUGGGUGUGUAUUUGAAAAGGGAAAAAUGAUGCAGAACAAAGAUGCACAGUAUGUGUUCUUGCCCCCACACACCCUGGACCUGGUACAGAAUGUUUGGUGGUGGUACUACAUAGAGAAGAGGGGAGGGAAAGGAAGGGGUGGGGGGAUGGGGAGGGAAGCUUUGUGUUAAGUGCCUACUGGAAAUGCACUGUGGGGUUUUUUUUUUUCCUGUAAAGGAAACAAUUUAUGCCAAGCUUUUUUCCAUGUACCAUAUUUAUCUCAUCUGGUUAGCUGCCUCUGCUUCCAGCUUUGUGUAAUUCUCUUUGCCAGCAGCGCAAAGCUGACUUUUCCCAAAGUUUAAACCGGAGUAUCACCUGACUGGAUUGUUUAUUUUUUUAAUCCUUUUGGUAAUAUAAUACCAUAUUUAUUGUUUUGAAAGUGAGAGGAAUCCUAAUAAGUCUUAAAAGUUCCUUUGUGUGUAAGAUUUUUUUCCAAUUUAUGGGCUUAUUUGAUGUACACGAAUUAGGUGUCCCAUGUAUUUUUGUUUGCAAGUUGUUUUAUCUUUAUCAUCCUCCUAUCUGGCACACAAAGUGGGUUAGUACUACAGUAUUUUUUAUUAUUUACUUUUGAGUACUCUGUAUUGCAGGUUUUCUGGUACCCUUGAGUUGCUGCUAUAAAAACAAGCUCACAUCUGAAAUGGCUAAAAGUUAAGUUACUUGUGUGCAAAUUCUGACUGAGUGAGCCUUAGAAUAUAAAAUUGUAUAAAGGGCAACACAUUAUGAACUGUCAAACAGUAUUAAGUGUGUGUUUAUAUGUACAAAUAUGUGCACAGUGAAGGUUUUAUUUAAGUUGCUAAUGUAGUCUAUUCACUUUUUAGUCAUCCAGCCAUUUUGUAUAAUAAUAAAAUUAAUUUGUAAACACUGCCAGAAUAUUUUCUAGCUGGUUUGUAAUUUUUUAAGAGUGUUUGGUUUAGUUUGUUGUUGUUGUUUUUGUUUUUAUUUUUUUUUUGUAAGAUGUAGAUCUGUAAAUAAAAUUGCAGUAUUUAAAGCUUUAGCCCUGUGGAAAAAGAAAACUUGAGUUCCAAAUGAACACGUGAAUGAGGAAGGAGGAAUGUAUAGGGAGAUUAAUGGAGAAUGAAUAAAAUAGAAUGGUCAGUUUGUGGAUUUUUUUUUUUGCAGAAGAUAUAUCAUUUUGUACAAAGUAAACCCUUCUCCCAAAGAAGGAAUAGGCAAAAACAAUACUAAUUGGUUGAGCUUUGUGUUGUAUGUUAGUUUUAAAAAGGUAACAUGUAAAAUAAUGUAAAAAAAAAAGUUAAAAAAAAAGCUUUUAUGAUGGGUUUUGUAAAUAGAUUUGUUACAGGAUGACCUGUUCUCUAGCUGUGAUCUUACCACUUCAAAUGGAUGUAAUUUGAAUAAAUUUUGUAUGGUAAAGAAUCAAUAAAACAAUUUUUUAAGAGUUUAAA